AUGGGCUAUGGGUAUAUAUUACAGAGAUUUUUGCCUUCAGAAUUUGGGAAUGAUGUGGAACGUGCACAUAUUGUUGAGCCAGCUAAAUCAGUUUUUGGUGAAAAAGUUGAAAUUAGAAGAGCUGUGGAAGCUGAAGGAAUUCCUUAUACCUUUGUUUCUUCAAACUUCUUUGCUGGUUACUUUCUUGCUGGUUUUUCUCAGCCAGAGGAGCCACCUCCACCAACUGAUAAAGUUGUUAUUUGGGAUGGAAAUCCCAAGGCAAUAUUCAACAAGGAAGAUGACAUUGGCACUUAUGCUAUCAAAGCUGUGGGUGAUCCAAGAACUUUAAACAAAAUUCUAUACAUUAGACCUCCCCAAAACAUCUACUCCUUCAAUGAUCUUGUGGCUCUUUGGGAGAAAAAACUUGGAAAAUCCCUUGAAAAAAUCUAUGUUCCAGAAGACCAAGUUUUAAAGAACAUCCAAGAGGCCCCACUUCCCAUAAAUGUGAUAUUAGCAAUUUGUCACUCAGUGUUUGUGAAUGGAGAUCAUACUAACUUUGAUAUUGAUCCAUCAUUUGGAGUUGAAGCCACAGAACUAUAUCCAGAAGUUAAAUAUACAAAUGUGGAUGAAUAUCUCAAUCAAUUUGUCUAG